AAUAGCGGCAGGGAGGUGCAUAUAAGAUGUUUUAAUUCUAUUUACAUUAUUUAGUCUGUGUUAGAAGUGCAUCAGCUAUGUUUCUAAAAUAUUCUAUGAAUAUGAUAUUUCUAUGGUUAUAUUUAUUGGGGACUGCAUCGUCUGCUCCGAGCGAUGAAUUCCGUAGUUUUGUUCACGAAGGAGAACUCGAAGUAACUGAUGACGCAUACAUUAAAUACAUUAUACCAUCUGGCUAUUCUCCCCACAAAAUUCAAAAACAAACAAGACUUCUUUUAAGAGACUUCGUGAAUAAGGACGAUUUAUUCUUUCAGGACAAUGAAUAUUAUAAAAUUUUGAAUGAACAUGUAGAAGCUGGUCACACUAUGAAAGGCUUGACAUUCAAUAUAUAUGAUGACAACAUGAGAGAAGCCACCAUUGCUUUAUUUCGUCUUUUACAAUUCGCUCAAGAUGAUAAAAUCGAAAGCAUAAAAGAAUGGGCUUCGGCAAACAUUAAUAAUGAUAUGCUAGACUAUGCUUUGAUCCUGACGUCAUUAUUUAGAGUCGACGCAUUGAAAGGUCAUGAACCUCCUUUCAUUACAAAGCCUAAUUACUUCGUUAACAGUGAAACAAUUAAAAAAGCUUUUAAGCUUAAGCUUAACAAUGGAAAAUUUAAUCCCCAAGAAGCACAAGUGCAACAAUUUUACAGAACAAAUGAUGUUAUAUCGAUCAAUACAAAUUAUUCUAGUUGGAAUUUAUGGAAUAAAGAAUGUAGGGACAAUUUGGACUAUUUCAGAGAAGACAUAGGUCUCAAUAGCUAUUAUUAUGGUGUUCAUUUUCUCUACCCGUUUUGGAUGAAUAGCGAGGAGCUAACUGGAACUGAUCCAAAAUAUGCUGAAAAAUAUUACUACAUACAUCAACAACUCAUGGCAAGAUAUAAUUUGGAAAAGGAACAUCUUAAAUACCUUAAUGUCUCAGAUACAACUAAAUGCUAUGACGAUUACAUGCCAUAUUUAACUUAUGAUAAUGGUCUUCCCUUCCCAUCAAGAUCUAAUAUUCGUAGGGAAUGGAGUGACGACUAUGCCCGUAUAAAAUCAGUAGAUAUUGCAAUCAAAGAAUGCAUUACAAGAGGUGUAAUAUUCAUGGAAAAUGGGACAAAAAUUGACCUGACCGAAGACAAUUUUGUCGACUUACUUGCAAAGCUAAUCAGAGCUAACUUUGAAAGCGUGCAAGUAGCAAAAACUUUAAGAUCCUUGUUUGGUUACGGAAGUGACGGAUAUCCAACUGACAGAUACAACCCUGCUCCCUCAGUGUUACAUCAUCCUCAAACAUCAUUACGUGAUCCGAUAUAUUGGUAUAUGAUCCAAAGUUUGUUGAAAUAUUUUGAUGAUUUUUCAAACACACUAGAUCCUUAUGACUUUUCUAAAUAUCAAAAUGAUGAAUUUAGUAUAAUUGAUAAUAGUUUCACAAAAAUUACCACAUAUUAUGAAUUUUAUCAAUUUAAUCUCGAAAAAAUAUUCAGCAAUGAUAAUAACGAUUUGAGAAGUUCUCCGUUGACUUUUACUGCAAGACAAAAAAGGCUUAAACAUACACCAUUUAGUUUAUCUUUUACAAUAGACUCUAAAUAUAAUAAAACAUCUUUAGUUAAGCUAUUUUUAGGCCCAGCGUGUAAUGAAAUCACGUGUUUUGACGAAUUUUCUAAAUUUUUUGAACUAGAUUCUUUCAUAUAUGAAGUUAACGAAGGUCUGAAUAUUUUAAAAUGGUCACCAGAAACAACAUUGAAGUAUGCAUUUGAUGACUACUUUAAUAUUGAGCUGAAAUCAUCAAGAAAAAACAAAUUUUGUUUGUUUAAAUUUCCAGAAAAUAUGAUUAUACCUAAAGGUUUAGAACAAGGUCUUAAUUUCACAUUAUUUAUUUUGAUAACACCAGUCGAUGAUGACAGUGAUCUUGAUACUCUGUCAGUACCCUUAGGAUUUCCCUUCCAUAGACAAACUUCAAUAAGCAACUUUGCCGAUUUUAAUAAUUAUAAAUUUUAUAAUGUUACUAUUUAUCACAAAGAAAACUCAAAACACGCAAAUGGAUACUUUUCUUCUCAUUUAAACUAGUAAAAUCAAAUCUAUAUGUUAAUUGCACAAUAAGAUAAAAUUAAAAAAAAUGUUUAUUUA